AUGAUUGAAGAUGAUUAUGACUCCUUUGACGAACUAUUUACGCAACAUUUCUUGGAUGAUCCUGUCACGAUUCAAAAGCCUUCGGAGGUUCAAACAAGGUCUCAAGUUCCACAUCGGCCGGCCUCUUCCAAACAAAAACAAAAAAAUCCUCCUAACUCAACAAAACGAUUCCUUAUCACACCGGACUCUAUUUCUCGAACACCAGAUACGUGCACAAGUUCCUUGGAAAGUGAGCGAUUACCAUGGGCGCAGCAGUACCCACCUCUCAGCCUAGAUGAGUUGGCAGUUCAUAGUAAGAAGGUAUCGGCUGUACAAAAUUGGCUAUAUAGCGCUUUCGCUGGGAAUAACAACAAUAGGCUCCUUGUUCUUCGAGGCCCAGCAGGAAGCGGCAAAACAACCACUGUGUCUUUGUUGUCCGAUAAGUUGGAAUUUGAGAUCGUCGAGUGGAAGAACCCCCCAGCUUCCGAGUUUUCCAAAAAUGGAUACGUAUCUUUUGCUACUCAGUUCGAUGAAUUCCUCCAACGAGGUAAUCAGUACCAAGAACUCGAUUUGGAUGGAGCUAGGCCUUCAAAUUGGCAUCAAAAUGACUCUAACUCCCGCCACGAUGCUUUGACGCCGACAAAUCCCGUCAGAAAACGGGAUACACAACGUGUAAUUCUUAUUGAAGAAUUUCCAACAACCUUCUUCCGAGAAGUUUCUAGUUUGACUGCUUUCAGGCGGGCUCUGCAGCAAUACCUUGCCAUGCCGGUAUCACUAGUUCCAAGUGGUAAUAACAGCGCAUCGUCUCUUCCUCCCAUAAUUAUCGUUGUUUCUGAAAACGACCUCAACUCCGGAUAUUCAGUCGCAGAAAACUUAACCGCCCAUCGAUUACUUGGACCACAAAUCCUUAACCAUUUUAGUACAAAUGUCCUUGAUUUCAACAAGGUUGCCCCAACUUUCAUGAACAAGGCUUUGCAAUUGGUUCUCGAAAAAGAGGCCCGCUGUUCAAAGCGGGAGAAAAUGCCGGGACCUGCUGUCCUUCAGGAUAUUUCUAAAACGGGAGAUAUUCGGAGUGCGAUUGCCUCCCUAGAGUUUCUCUGCCUCAAAUGCAGCAAUGGGAUGCAUUGGACAAGGCCUGCGACUAAGAAGAAAACGCGAACCCCAAAAGACAUAUCUCUAACCUCUUCAGAAAGGGACAUCUUAGCACUAAUAUCUCAGAGAGAAACAAGUUUAGGCAUCUUCCACGCAGUCGGGAAAGUUGUGUAUAAUAAACGGGAAGAUCCAAGCCUUACAGACAGUCCCAAACUGCCCACCCCCCCGGCCUACAUGCUUCAUCACGAUAGGCCAAAGAUCUCCCAGGUAUCUGUCAACGAUCUUAUAGAAGAGGCAGGGACGGAUGCCCAAACAUUCAUCAGUACCCUGCAUGAAAAUUAUGUUUUAUCUUGCAACGGUCCAUCGUUCACGGGCUACCUUGACGGGUGCAUGGAGGCGUUGUCGGACAGCGAUCUGUUGUCGGUCGGUCGUAGAGGCUCUCGAAAACCUCAUGUUUCUAAUUUCGCUGGCACGAAUGCAAACGUGGGGGUCGAUGCCCUACGACAGAAUGAGAUCAGCUAUCAGGUUGCCGCACGGGGUAUACUGUUCGCCCUACCAUACCCAGUCAAACGGCAGUUAUCAACUAGGGUUGGUACAGUGAAAAGAGAUCCUCAUAGGAUGUUUUUUUCGCCUGCAUUGCGGUGUGCGCGCUCUGCUGAGGAAACUCAAGGCUUCGUAGACAUGUGGGCAAACAAAUUACUCAACGGAUCCGCUGAACCAACUCGAAGCCGUGGUCUCAGCAAAAGAUUUGCGUCGGAUAAGGCUCAACCGGACCGGGAAUCCACGGUGUGCAACCGCGGUGAUCUGCAACAUUUUGCUACCACCAUGAUCGCUCGUAACGAAUUGUUGCUCGACCAGCUGCCAUAUAUGGCUGGAAUUUGUUCCGACGAGACAGAACAGAGAGAUCUGAAGGAAUUGACCAGUUUUAGCGAAAGGGAACCCCGAGGGCAUGCCUUAUCUGGGGUCUCUCACGGCGAUAGCAAUGCUCCGCCGGAAGAAUCACUCAGCUACGGCGCCUCGCGGCCUUUAAAAGCAGCAUAUUCUAACCACCAAAAUAAUCGCAAAAGUUGCAACCCUGAGACGCUUGGGGAUGAUAACCUCAUCCUGAGUGAUGAUGAUAUUGUGGAUGAUUGA